AUGAGGUUGACUACGUCUGUUCUGCUAUGGGCGGCGACGUCAGUACUUCAGGUUGAUGCUUCCCAGUCUUACCGUAGCCCUACCGGGCCUGAGGGCUACGGAGCAUACCCCCCGAGGUACCCAACUUCGUACACUACUAUCACGACGACGAGUACAAUCCAUAGCUGCCCGCCUCGAACAACAACCAUCUUGACCCCAUCUCACACCAAUGGGUGUGAAUACCCGGGCUGUCCAAACAAGCCACCAUUUCCUGAUCUUCCGCCUUUGAUUUGUGAGAUAUAUUGCAAAGCUAAAGGCUGCACGCUGUGCAAUAAUGGAGUCUGUCCUAACCAAGGCGGUAUCUAUAAGCGCCGUGAAGUGAUGAAAAAUCUCGUUGCCCGUAACUCUGAUAGCGUGGAAGGCUACAAUUUCCACCCAGAUACCACCUGCUGCUGUUGUUGUGAGGGUGGCGGCUGGAAGAAGACCAUAACCGUCACCAAAACCAAAACCCAGACUGAGACUCAGACCAAGACCAAAACUGAGACCCAGAACAUCACAAAAUUUAUUACCGAAUAUGUCACUAAAACAGUACCGUCUCCUACAACGGUUUACAAUGAAACUACGAUCCAUGAUUCAACGACAAUCUCGACAACUGUCAUCCAGCCCACCACCAUCUCGACCACAACCACAUUAACAACGACAAUUACUACAGCAGUGCCAACGUACAUCACAACUACCAUCUACGGAACAGUGACAUCGGUUGUAACUGUUAUGGUGCCUACCACGAUUACUUCAACCUAUGUGUCUACGAUGUACACUACGCUACCAGGGACAACUGUCAGUGUUCCGGUUACUAUAACGGGACCUACCAUAACUGCACCUCCCGUUACCCUGCCUCCAGAAACUCAUGUCAUUACUUUGCCAGCAUCUACUGUUACUAAAGUUAUUACUCUGCCUGGAAGCACCGUGACAGAGACAAGCACAUUACCUGCCAGCACCAUUACCCAGUCUGGAACAACCAUCACGCUUCCUGGGAGUACAACAGUCAUCACAUCCACUAUUCCAGCCUCAACAAUCACACAGACCUUAACAGAGCCUGGAAAAGUGAGCACAUUAACCUUGCCCCCGGAAACUCAUGUCACCACUUUGCCGGCAUCAACAAUUACGAGAGUCACCACCCUUCCUGGAAGCACCAUUACCCAGUCUGGAACAACCAUCACGCUUCCUGGGAGUACAACAGUGAUCACAUCCACUAUUCCAGCCUCAACAAUCACACAGACCUUAACAGAGCCUGGAAAAGCGAGCACAUUAACCUUGCCCCCGGAAACUCAUGUCACCACUUUGCCGGCAUCAACAAUUACGAAAGUCACCACCCUUCCUGGAAACACCGUAACAGUGACAAGCACACUACCUGCCAGCACCAUUACCAAGUCCGGAACAACGGUCACAAUCCCUGCAAGCACAACAGUAAUCACAACUACUCUACCGGCCUCUACCGUAACUCAAACGCUGACAGAGCCUGGAAAAGUAACUACAGUCACUAAAACUGGGACCGUUACUACCACAAAGACCACUUUCUCUAUAUCUCUUUGCCCGACCAGGACGGCUAACCCAACUUAUACCCCGUUAGCUCCACUUCCUUCAAACUACAUAUGGGGCUGUCCUCCAGGACAGCUGUGCAGGCCGAGACGGACCCCAGAAGACGGACAGUGCAACUUCGAAGUCGGCCUCCCAAGCCGCAACUACGUUUGUAGCCCAGAUGAGUGUGUCCCUAGCCCUCCACGACACCCCCCACAACAUUGGGCUCCCGGUAAAGUUGAAAAGUGGGUUGUUUCUCCCGGCUAUUUCAACCUAGACCCGAGAAAGUUCGGACUUACAUUCGACAUUUUCUCAUUUGAAAAUGUGACGGCAACACCUGAAGGCUACUUCCGUCGCUCUUUGUCUACCCUUUUCAGACGUGAUCAGGAAGUUUUGGCAGACGACUGUUUUGAUGAGUGUAAUGCAAUUACGACAGAGGCAGAAGGUGCAGGGGCAUCAAAGGAACUGUGCGAACCGGGAUCUCUGUUCAACAGGCUUGUUGCUAGAUGUCGAAAGUGCACUGAUGACAGGGCUCAAAACAACGGCACACUCUUGACUUUCCACGAAGGCCUCUACCCAGAUUUCCAACCAUGGCUAGAUUUCUGUGCCUCCUUGCCUGCUCCCACAGGGCCUACAACAGUACCAGAGCCUGGAAUGACUUCUACUGAAUCGUCGUCUACACCAUCGACGAUGUCCACAGAGACCCAUACACCCACAACUUCUAUGAGCUCAUCCGUUAUAACAGAGUCUACCCUCACAACCUCAAGCGUAUCUUCCACUGAAUCUUCCACUCAAUUAUCGACCAUUGAAUCAAGCAUGGCUUCCUCGACCGCGUCAGCAACAGAUUCGUCGACAACGGAAGCAACUGAGACCACUUCGACAACUGAGCCUACAGAGUCAUCAACCGCAGAAUCAACCAAGUCAACAUCUACUAGUACUCUAUCGAGCACUGGAAGCGAGCCACAGUCGACGACGACGGGUGAAACAUCUUCGGUUGACAGUUCAACCACCACUCGAGGGGGUGGAAGCGGCUCCCCCACUUCUUCUGGUGGACAUUCGUCACAGGGCCCUGUCCCCACUAGCACGGGACAUGGUAGUACGUCUAUCACCACCAUCGGCUCCAUCCCUGGUUCGGGGACCGGUGUGCCACCUUCUUCCUCAACUGGCCCAGUCCAGUUCCCUGGAAGCGCCGGAUCACUGUCCCCUUCAGCAUGGGGUAAGGCCUUGACCUACCUCUCAGGGUUGGUAUUACUUGUUGCAUUUAUAUAA